AUGCCGAAGAAACAUAUGACGGCUUGCCUCUUUAAGGACGCAUUGCGAUGUACCAGACCUUAUGACAAUGAAUAUCUACUUCAAACAGUUGUGCUGCACAUGUCUCUUUUCACCAGCCAAUCUUUGGAAACACCCCUCCUUUAUCGGGUCAGGUCGGAUGGGACGCCACUGCUCACUGCUUAUAAACUGCAGUCGAAUGGUCACCACACUCCCACAACGCUUCAACGCCACUGCUGA